GAGAUUGUUAUGACGGUCAAGAUUUCUUCGGCAACAAUUUCGUUUCUAACUGACUUAACGGUCAUGCCAAGCCAAGUAUGAGCAUUACAACUCUCCAUGCAAAUGCUCCGUUCAAAUACUCUUCGCGAGCUCUGCUCCGUUUCGUUUCGAAGAACUCUUAAUACGGCUUAUGCCUCGAAAACAUAUGAAAGCCUGGUCAUGGAAGAAGAGAAAUACUCUAAUUGGCUGAAGAGAUGUUCUGAUAUCUCUAGCUUAGAUACUGGGAAGGCAAUUCACGCUAAAUUUGUGAAAGAGUCUUUGCUUUCUUCCCUUUUCAUUUACAACCAUCUGCUUAAUAUGUAUGCAAAAUCCGGGGACCUGCAAACGGCCCUCAAAUUGUUCGAAGAAAUGCAUGAAAGGAAUGUUGUCUCAUGGUCGGCUAUCAUUGCAGGCCUUGUCCAACAUGGUUGUCCCAAUGAAGCUUUGUCUGUAUUCCAUCGGAUGUAUCGAUCUGGGUUUCGUCCCAAUGAGUACACCCUCGUGAGUGCACUCAAUGCAUGUUCCCUAUCGGAGAAUUCUUGUCAAGGUUACCAAAUUUACGCCAAGAUUGUUCAGUUAGGCUUUGAAUCGAAUGUGUUCUUGACAAAUUCGUUCCUAACAGCCCUUAUUCGGCAUGGUAAAUUGGUCGAGGCAGCAGAAUUUUUUGAGAAGUGCCCAGAAAGAGACAUUGUGUCUUGGAAUGCAAUGAUCGCCGGGUACUUGCAGUUAUCCUAUUCGGAAAUCCCGAGCUUCUGGUAUAGGAUGAAUCACGACGGUGUGAGACCUGAUAACUUCACGUUUGCUACUGUUCUGACAGGUUUGGCUUCUCUCUCUGAUCUUAAAAUGGGUUUGCAAGUCCAUGCACAGCUCAUUAAGUAUGGCCAUGGAAAUGAGAUUUGUGUUGGGAAUUCUUUAGUUGAUAUGUACUUGAAAAAUCGGAAUUUGAUUGAUGGUUCAAAAGUAUUUGAUGAAAUGCCUGAGAAAGAUGUGGUCUCAUGGACCCAAAUUGCUUCAGGAUGUUUACAAUGUGGUGCACCAAGGGAAGCACUCAGACUAAUUGAGGAGAUGAAGAAGAUGGGUGUUAAACCAAACAAAUUUACAUUGGCAACUGCACUUAAUGCUUGUGCCAAUUUGGCUUCCUUGGAGGAAGGGAAAAAAGCUCAUGGUUUAAGGAUUAAGCUAGGGAAGGACAUUGAUAUCUGCGUCGAUAAUGCACUUCUGGAUAUGUAUGCAAAAUGUGGAUGCGUGGAUGGUGCAUGGGUAGUGUUCCAAUUAAUGCAUGAUCGAUCAGUCGUUUCCUGGACAACAAUGAUCAUGGGGUUUGCACAAAAUGGUCAUGCCAAGGAAGCUUUAGAUGUUUUCAAUAGAAUGAGAGUAGAGCAUAUUGAACCAAACUAUAUUACUUUCAUAUGUGUAUUAUAUGCAUGUAGUCAAGGAAGGUUCAUUGUUGAAGGGUGGGAGUAUUUCCUCUCCAUGACACAUGAACAUGGAAUCACCCCUGGAGAAGAUCAUUAUGCCUGUAUGGUAGAUCUCCUUGGUCGAGCAGGACACAUCAAAGAGGCGGAGGCUUUAAUUCAAAGCAUGCCUUUUCAAGCAGGAGUCCUGGUGUGGCAGACACUGUUGGGUGCUUGUCGGGUUCAUGGGGAUAUGGAGACUGGAAAGCGAGCAGCAGCACAAGCACUUGCUCUGGAUAAAGAAGACCCUUCAACUUACGUAUUAUUAUCUAACAUAUUUGCCAAUACUAGCGAUUGGGACGGAGUAGGGGAAUUGAGAGAACUAAUGGAGGCUAGAGAUGUUAAGAAAAUGGCUGGUUCCAGUUGGAUUGAGUUAAUGGGAAAUUACCCAUUGGUUCAGUCACAGCAUGGCAGAACCCUUAAUAUGGAUGGUUAAGCAUAAACGUUGUCCUCUUCUAAUUGGCAGUUUUAAACAGCACCCCAUAUUUAAUCUCAUCAAGAUUUUGUUUCACUCUGUUGAUACCAAAUACAAGGUAGAACCUUGAGGAGCUUCAAACUGCAGCAGCAGCCUCAAAGGAAGCAGAAAAACUGAUGGAAACAGAAGUUGAGCCCUGAAGAGUGCAUUUUUUGCAGUACCCAAGCCUUAAGGGAAUCACCAAGAAGAAACUCGAAGUUCCAGAUUUGAUAGAUGUAAUAAGGUAUACCCAGAAGCAGAAUUAAGCCUUUACAUUUAUUGAUAUGGUUUUUCCGAUUUUAGCAUACAUCCCUAUGACCCUAUCAGAAUGACUACUUACCUAGUCUU